AUGAAUAUUUUUAUUUUGUUCCAGGCCUAUCCAAAGUAUGCUUUUGAUUAUUCAGUAAAAGAUCCUCACACGGGUGACCACAAAACUCAGUGGGAGUCUCGAGAUGGUGAUGUUGUUAAAGGUGCAUAUUCACUAGCUGAACCAGAUGGCACCACUCGUAUUGUAGAGUACACUGCUGACAAGCACAACGGUUUCAAUGCAGUCGUUAAGCGCAUAGGACACGCUCAACACCCUCAGAUCUACAACAAUCACUAUGAAGGCGCUGGUAACUUCGGGUAUCACUAG